UUGGAGCUAGUUAGAGUUGCUCACGAAAUGAAGUUUUUCAUUUUGCUUUUGGUUGGGCAGGAGCUAAUCUUGAUUUCGGACGAUCCGAAUAAUGUCCUCUGUCUUUUUUAAAUUUUUUUUAUUGAGAUGAGUCAUCAGCCAUCACAUAUUCACAUUGCUGCAGGUGGGUAGUGCCGCUGGCACUCUGGCAGUCUGCGAGUCUGGCUGGUGAAAGGUUGUGGCUAGAUAUUUCAAGUUUCAAGGUUGUUUUAUUUCUAUUUCAACUCCCACUCCGUAGACCGAAUGAUAAAUUCUUUUUCUUCUAUUAAAUACGAAUUCCAGCAUCACUCACCAGCACUCCAGCAGACGCAGUGUCACAGUGUGAGUGUGUAGUUCGUAUUCGUACUGUUUCGUGGCGUGUUAUCGUGUUGAAUAACACUAUUCGUAUUUCGAUUUUCAUUUCAUUUGGAUUGGAUUGGAAGGAAAUCAAGAGAACGUGUUCAAAUAACGUUUGUCUAUUCCCGUUGAAUUUUCAUAUCGUAGAGGCAACCGAUAAUGGAUUCACAGAAGAUACCGCGUCUUCAAGAGGAUAUUAUAUCUCAGUUGAGACUGCGCGGCUUCAAAAAUUCGCCCAAGAAUGUGAAAACGAGGGAUGAGACUAUUUCUAAAAUUGAUUUCAAAUUGUCUACGCUUCCGCUUAGUUUGAGAUCUCCGGCCACAUUUAUGGAAGCUGUAACGUUAAUAGAGAAGGAAAUCGUUCAAAAAGUUAAUGAAAUCAGUUUGCCCGAAUAUAAAGCAAGUGAAAUCCUACAAUCGGUGACUCGCGAUCUAAAGACAGUUUUUGGAUCCAACGAUAUACGAGUGAAUGGCAAACCUAUUGUGAAUGAAUGGGAGGUGUACGGUUCCUUCAAGAAUGGACUUUGUUGUAACGACAGCGACAUCGAUUUCCACAAUGGAUCAUUCGAAAAUCUUCUCAACUCCGACGCAGUAGAUCUUGUAACCAAAGUCUGGGAAGUUUUCGAAAAUAAUGCCAACUUCGAUCGCGUAAAUUUAAUCAAGACAGCGCGAGUUCCACUGGUUGUGUUGAAACACAAGCGCACCGGAAAAGAAUGCAGUAUUUCAUUCUCCGGCAAAAUGGGAGUGUAUAAUUCGUUGUUAACGAAACUGUAUUUAGAACAGCAUUCGAGUAUGAAAGUUUUGACGUUGUUUCUGAAAUACGUAUUAGUACGCCAUGACUUGCACGGAACCGGUAAAAUAACCACUCAUAUGAUAUUUUGGUUGGUGGUGUUUUUCAUGCAACAAAAAAAACUGCUACCUCCCGUCAAAGAUGUACGUCAAGCGGCUGUACGAAAAAAUUACGUACGGAAUUGGAAUUAUUCGGUUCAGAUAGCUACCCGAAAAGUCAGCAGGCUGGAUAUUCAGCGGAAGAAUCCAUCGUUUCUUUAUAUCGAGGUUUUUUGGAAUUUUAUAAAAAUUUCAGUUUCUUAAAAUACGUCAUCUGUCCAUAUUUCGGAUACGCGAUACCUAUUGAAAACUUGGAAACAUUGGAUAUACCUCAUGAAGCUUAUAUUGGUCCAAGAUACCCAAACGUGAACGGCGAUGGAUUGCAUUCGUUCACUAGAAGUUGCAUGAAUAUUCAAGACAUGUCCACUCUGAGUGUUAAUUUAACCGCGAGUGUGUCGCUGAAAGUAGUGAACGAGUUCAGAGUCGUUUGCGAACAUCUUUUCAAUGACUGCGAGAAAGCUUUGAACGAAGGGCGUUUCUUUAAAAUUCCUCCAGAAUUCGAAUUAGAAUCGAUGAAGCUUCUUUAUAAGAACAUCAAUCAAACGGGGUCAUUCGAUCGAGAUUUCAAAUGUAUAGAAGGACUUGCCGGUGAUGUGAAGGAGUAUUUAAUCAACGGUAUUCGCAACUUGAUGGAAAUCGUUUUUGGAUUUAAAUGCGACAAAAUCAUAAGCCAAGAAGUUACGGAAGUUGAUCAUAAACAAGGCGAUCCGGUCGUGAAGAAAGUACCUGUCUUAUAUAUGACUUACAGUACAACAGAUGAUACUUUGAGCAACAAAUACGUGUUAUCUAUGUUUGAAGAAAGUUCCUCUUGCUUAAAAGACAAUUUCGGAAUUUUUUUCUUUUUCGAAAUUCGCGAAGAUUUGGAACUUGUUAGAUUAUUGGUUGAAGGAGAUAGCCGAUUCGUCGAGUAUAAUUAUGCAGACCUGUGUAGAGAAUUCGAUAAGUCAAUAGAUACCUACUACCUAGACUUCCCUGCCUUCCUACGUAGUUUUUCGAUUUUGUUUGACGGUUGAUUCAAUACUGCUUUAGUUUAUCAGUUUUUUGUAUUUCUUUUUAGUUGUUUACCUAUAUAUAUUUUUUAAAUGCGGCUCUUGGCCUUUUUUUUACACGCUGCUUUCUGAAUAUAAUUUUUCAAAUUA